AUGGCAGCUACUGUUGUUCCGGCAGACGUUGCAAUAGCACAAACUGAGGUUCUGCCCAAGCCCGAGGAAAAUGAGGCAAAUUCACCACCUGUCCUACGUUUACGCCUAAAUAAACCAAAGUCCAACAAAAAAGUCGGCUGGCAAGAAGGCACAGUGGACAAUGAACAUAUGGGAAAAAAGAAGUCCAAGUGUUGUUGCAUCUACAAAAAACCCACAGUCUUUGGUGAAAGUUCAUCGGAAGAUGAUGAAGAGUGUGAGAAUUGUUUUGGCCAUCCGGAAAAGAAGCGACGUAAUCGUAAACACCAUGGUGAUAAUGGUGGUCAUGAUGAUGAUCAUCAUCAUCACGAUGGUGAUGAACCUUGCGACCAUCAUAAUCAUCAAACGGGUGAUUAA